UGGGGUAUUUAAGAGGCCCCCUCCCAGACACAUCUACAUUCCAACUGACUAGUCAACAAUUAACUACCAAAGAUCCACCAGUGAAUACCUGCAGCCUUACAGACAGGAUGAAGGUCAAAACGAUUAUGCUACUUUUUCAAAUCUUGGCCAUUUCAACCAUCAAGUCAGCUAACGUUCCUAACAGAUACAUACAAGAGAAUGUAGCGGUACGUGGGAAGGCCACUCAGUCGGAUCUUCUGAUUGGGGAAUCGGCAGCUUUCAGCCUGCCUGGCAAUGCUAUUGAUGGAAACCGAGAUUCUUUCUUCUUCCAUGGAUCCUGCACCCACACCUCGGGAGGGGACAACCCCUGGUGGAGGGUGGACCUGCUGCAGGUGUACACAAUCACCUCCGUCACCAUCAUCAACAGAGGAGACUGCUGUGGAAAAAGGAUCAGUGGAGCUCGCAUCCUCAUCGGCAACUCCCUGGAGAACAACGGCAUCAAUAAUCCAGAGUGCAGCGUGAUUGGCUCUAUGGAAACAGGAGAGACUAGAACCUUUUACUGUCCAUAUACAAUGAUUGGACGCUACGUCACAGUGUACCUCCCAAAAAGAGAAUACCUUCAACUCUGUGAAGUGGAAGUGAAUGCUCUGCUUCCUGCCAAAUGAAAAUUUUUCUAAGCAGUGCUUUGAAAAUUUGUUUGCAUCUACAACUACUCAUUGCUUUAUAGCCAGAUGCAGUCUGUUUAGAAACGCGGGUAAAGAAAUCAAUUUAACUAUUUUGGGAUUUGAGAAUCAUGCUGCCAUUUUAAUAUAUUUCCAGGUUUUCGUGUACAGAAAACUUGCUGAAGUUCUACUUGUCUGCUUUCUGCAAGUUCAUUUAUUGACUGAUUUUCUUUGUAGUGCAUCAAAUAAACAUCUCAUUUAAAGCAUUGA